AUGAAGCUUACACUGUUAUUGUUGGGUAUUUGCAUUGCCUUUACUGCAGGGAAUGCUAUUCCAAGUGAUGAUGAUGUCUCAGAUGAGGUGACAGAUUUACCAGAAACACAAGAAGACAACGCUCUUGAAGAGAAUUCCGACGAUGAAGAAAAUGAUCUUGAAAAUGACGACUGUGAUGAUAAUGACGAGAUAAGUGAUCCUAAUGCAUCAAAUGACGGAAAAUGUAAUCGAAGACGCUACCGAAGACGUUACCGAAGACGCUACCGAUAUGGUCAUGGCUAUGGAGGAUACGGAUAUGGAGGACGAUAUGGACACGGUGGAAAAUACCGUCGUAGACGUCGAUAUGGUUAUGGAGGUAGAUAUGGACAUGAAGGACGAUAUGGCUACGGAGGAAAAUAUGGACACGGAGUUAGAUACGGUUAUAGUGGAAGUUUGGUCACAGUGGUCAUAACAUUACGUAGAAAAAUUCCCAUAAUAUCAUUAAAACAUUAA